UCCGAGCCGUCGGUCCCGGCUGCGGGAGGCGCCGCUGGUCCCGCUCCCGGCGGGGAUCUCCCGUUCGGGGCGCGGGCUCCGUCCUCCUCUCUCCGCGUUGGGGUGAUGAUUUAGCGCUUUCUGUCCCAUCUUGCCCCAGACUCCGUGGGCUAGUUUCCUUGUCGCUGCGAGGAAGCCGUACACGUGCACCCCGCUCCCCCUAACAAAAAUAAGCGAACUAAAAACCUCCCCACAUUUCUCAGCUGUUGAAUUCACAGCCAAUGUUUUUGCCGUCUUAACCGGAAUGGGGAAAAUAUUGUGAGAGGUCUUUCUCCUGAUCUGGGGGGAGCAGGGGGCAGAGUGUCUUUAACACGUGGAUGUCGGGGAUCGGUGUGCGCACCUCCGUCCCCGAAGGUGCCGCGGGGGAGCUGAGGCACGGAGCUCCAGAGGACAGCACACGGGCAGUGCCUGCUCUCUGGCGGGUGUUUGAGGUUUGUACCGCUGCCUAAAACAUUCAGGUUUGCUCCAUUUGUGCGUGCUCUCCUGGCUCUCGGAGCACUGGAAACUCACCUGCCGGCUCCUGCCCAGGUAACCUGUUCUGAAUCUGUUUGCUGAGCUGCAUCUCCCAAGCAUUGCGUGUUUUUACUCUCAGUCUCACAGCUUCUUGUGGCUCCUUGUUGCAGGUGUGUUUGCUCCAGUCCUGGGAAGCUUCCUGAAGUUUCUCCUUCCAGGCAGCCAGUGUGGUGGGAGCACAGAGUGCCACAGGAGCUUUAACCCUGGUCCUUGGGCUCAGCUGUUUCCCUGGCUGUAUCUCCAAGAACAUCUUUAGAAGCUGUGUGGAAAAUAGCACCACCUCUGCCAUGGAGCAGCAGCCCGCUGUCCCAGUAUGACAGAGCAGGUCCCUGAGGCACAGAACUCCCAGUCCCAGCAGAAGACACGAGGGAGGAGGUCAGGACGUACACAACUCCUAGGCUGGUCAGAAGGCACACUGUGAAAGGUAAAUGGGAGAUUUGGAGACUAGCUUAAUCCAUACACGAAAAACAUGUAGAAUAGAGCAAAUGGUAGCAAAAUGGCUUCAUCGCUCUCGGGACAGCGCACCCAGGGACAGCGUGCCUGUGAUGGACAGUGCGGGGGACAGCGCAGCCCAGCCCCCCAGCCGGGUCAAAGUGACCGUCACCGUCUACAAGGACCUGGUCCUGCAGCACUACGGCUUCGAGAUCUGCCCAGGCCUUCCCCUGACCAUUGCAUCGGUCACUGCAGGGAGCACGGCCGAGGGGAAGCUGCAGCCGGGUGACCAGCUCCUCGCCAUCAACUCCAGCAGCGUGGACAGCGUGUCCGUGGAGCGGGCAGCCAGCAUCAUCAGGGAGGCCGGAGAUGAGCUGCUCCUGACCGUCCUGCGCUGCCCGUCCGGUGGCCCCAAGUCAUCGUUCCUGACCGCAGAGAAGAGGGCCAGGCUGAAAACAAACCCGGUCAAAGUGCGCUUUGCGGAGGAGGUGCUGCUGAACGGACACUCCCAGUGCCGGCCGGAUCCUGCUGUGCCGCUGGGAAGGGAACGGUGCUCCCAGGCCACGUGCAGCCGCUGCACUGCCCGGAGUGUUACGGGGAGCUCCCUCCUGUUCAUGCCCAACGUUCUCAAGGUGUACCUGGAGAACGGACAGACAAAGGCAUUCAGGUUUGAGAGGAGCACCACUGUGAAGGACAUCGUGCUGACGCUGCAGGAGAAGCUGUCCAUCCGCAGCAUCGCCCACUUUGCGCUGGUGCUGGAGGAGCAGUACAACCUGGCCAAGAUCCACCUGCUGCACGAGGAGGAGCUCAUUGCACAGGUGGUCCAGAAAAGAGACUCUCAUGACUACCGCUGCCUCUUCAGAGUGUGCUUUAUCCCCAAGGACCCCUUGGACCUCCUGCAGGAAGACCCAGUGGCCUUUGAGUAUCUGUACCUGCAGAGCUGCAGCGAUGUGCUCCAGGAGAGGUUUGCUGUGGAAAUGAAGUGCAGCGUGGCGUUACGUCUGGCUGCUCUGCACAUCCAGGAGAGGAUCUACGCCUGUGCUCACCCACACAAGGUGUCCCUGAAGUACAUCGAGAGGGACUGGGGAAUCGAAAACUUCAUCUCACCCACUUUGCUUCGAAACAUGAGAGGGAAGGACAUCAAGAAAGCCAUCAGCUACCACCUGAAGAGGAACCAGGUGCUGCUGGACCCUCGGCAGAAGCACACGCUCACGGCAGCCCAGGUGCGCCUGAGCUACCUGCAGAUCCUGGGAGAGCUGAAGAUGUACAGCGGGAAGAUCUUCAAUGCCACCAUGAUGCUGCAGGACAGAGAGUCGUACGUGGCUCUGCUGGUGGGUGCCAAGCACGGUGUGAGCCAGAUCAUCAACAGCAAGCUCAACAUCAUCACCAGCCUGGCCGAGUUCCCCAGCAUCAGCAGGGUGGAGCUCAGCGAGGAGUCCGAGCGAGUGAGCACUGUCAAGAUCUACCUGCAGGACCUGAAGCUGCUCACUCUGCUGCUGGAAUCAAACAGUGCGAAGGAUCUCGUCUGCCUCAUCGUUGGUUACUACAGACUCUUCGUGGAUGCAAACGCCUCCAUAUUUACCUGGGGAGAGCAAAAACAGCAGCUGCACCGUGUCUCAGCUGAGGAAGGCUACGAAUCCCGAGCCUGCAGCGACUCUGAAGAUUCCUGGGAUUCGUGCUCGGAGCGCCGCACGGACAGCGCUGCGGCGGGCCGGGGAGAGCCCCGCGGGGACACCGGGGACCCGCCGGGGACAGGCGGUGACAACGCCACCGACAGCGCCUCCGAGGCGUCCGACUCGGCCAACACCGAGAGCCGGGGCUUCAAGACGAGCGGCUCCAGCGACUCGAUGGAUGCGCUGGAGGAAGAGGAGCUGGAAGCGCGCUCUUCCUCCCGGCCAGAGCCGUUCCGCUUCUACGCUCCGACCGUGCAGGAGAUGAGCAGCUCCGAGCGGAGCUUCGUGCCGGUGUGUGCCGCGGGGAGCCCCGCCGCUGCCGGAGCCGGCGACUAUUUCUGCUUCGUGCAGGUGCCGCCGGGGCCCGGGGACAGCCCCUCGGGGCCGGGCUCCGCUCGGCAGCCCGGGCUGGCCCGGGCCGACACCUCGGGCCGCCCCGCGGGGCACGGCACAGGCGACAGCGACCUCGUCCUGCGGCCGCCCCCGGGCUUCGGUGACUCCAGCUCCGAGGAGGAGUUCUACGAUGCUGCGGACAGGCUCAGCCCUCCGGAGGCGCUGGCAGGCUAUGGUACAGCAUCCUGGGAGGGUGCAGAGAACCCCUCCUGCAUCCCAAAGAGGCUGAGGUGCUACAGCUUGGGGGAGAGCCCUUCAGUGAGGGAGAAGCACGGGCAGGAGAAGGAGCUGACCUGCACCAAGAGCCUGAGGAAGAGAAGGUCUUUCCUGAAAACUGAUUACACCUCACAGGUCAGUUUCCCUGCGGCUCUCCCAGGCUCUCCACAGCGCUGCUGCUCCUGGCCGCCCACUCAGCCCACAGAGGACACAGGGAAGAACACGCAGAUGGGGCUUCUUGUGGCCACCCGGGCCCAGAGGGACACCGCUGGCACAAACCCCUCUGAUGUGAUGGACAUGGACCCCAACACCACGGAGGCAAAGUCAGUGAUGGAAUGUGUGGUUUCCUCCAUUUCGGACGCUCACCGUGCUGGUGACCAGUGUGGGGAGGAGGACAGCAGCCUCCAGCCACAAAACCCCGCCUUGCUGUCCCCAGAGCCCCUUCCCAGAGCUCAGAGUGGAGCUGCCCACGAAAGCUCCCUAGCGGAGACAGAUCCUGGGUGUCUGAGUGAGGAGAGCCGUGUGCCCACUGGAGGCUGGCAGACCCAGGGAGCGCAGGAGGAGGGGGGUGAGGUGGUGGCCACCCAGCACAAGGCCAGUGUUGUGCCCUCUGCUGUUGUGUGCCCCUCUGAUGAGCUCCUGCUGCUGCCAUCAGCCCCUGGCCCCAGCAUGGCCCCUCCUCAGGAGCUGGACCAGGGGCUGCCCCCUGCGAGUGUGGAGCCUUCCCUGGCUCCCUGUCAGGAGAGCAAAGCUGAUGGUGUGAGCUGUGUCAUUGGCAAGGGCUGUGCCGAUGAUCAGGGCAGGGGUGACGGUCAGGGCAGGGGUGACGGUCAGGGCAGGGGUGAUGGUCAGGGCUGUGCCAAUGGUCAGGGCAGGGGUGAUGGGCAGGCCAGGGGUGAUGGGCAGGCCAGGGGUGAUGGGCAGGCCAGGGGUGAUGGGCAGGCCAGGGCCGAUGGUCAGGCCAGGGCCGAUGGUCAGGGCUGUGGCUGCAGCAGCACUGAGGGGGCUGUGUCCCAGCCCAGGAGCCAGCAGGUGGUGGAUGGGGAGAUCCUGUGGAAGGUGCAGGAAGGCCACAUGGGGUUCCCAGAGGCAGCCCAGCUCCUGGCAGAUGGCAGCCCAGCCUCGGGGGUCCUCAGCCACCUCUCCUGGCUCUCAUUCGGGGUGAGAACAGAGCCUGUGUCAAGCAGCCUGCUGCAAGACACGGUGGAUGACCCACUUGAGCCUUUGGCCUGUCUGAUGACCAGCAGGUGCAUGGGGGCUGGUGCUGUUGGAAGGAAGAUGCCAACAUCCCCUGCUGGAGCAGGCUUUGUCCAGGAGCUGGUGAGCAGCUCAGGGCUGGGUGCAGGGCAGCCCACAAGAGAUGCAGGAAAUGUGGCUCAGCAGGAGCCAGAGCCUGCUCAGGCUUCUCUUCCCAGAGAACAGGCUCCAGGGCUGGGGAAGGACUCUUGCCUGGCUCCAUCUGCAGAGCUUUCCAUCUCCUCCGUUCCAGUUUCCUUGGGGAAAGGAGCAGGAGACAAUGGGGCUGCAAAACACUCCUUCCUCUGUCCUAACUCCGAGGAGGGUGAGCAGACCCCUGCAGCCCCCAGCCCAGGUGGGUCCUUGGGCUGUUCCCCAGCACCGCAUGGGCUGGACAGCUGUGGCUGCCAGCUGCCCUACAUCAGCUGCUUCCCCCAGCCCCACAACCAGGGGGAGCGUGAAACCAGCCCCCCCCAGUUUCCAGGGCCGCUCACCACCCCUCCUUCCAGCAGCUGCAGCCUUCCCAGGACCCCUGGGAGCGCCCUCCCAGUCCCCACUGCUGGGGACACGGCAGGGCAGGACCCCCACAUCCAACUGCUGGGGCAGCUGAAGGACCAGGCAUGGAUGAGCCCUGUGGAUUUCUCCCGCUUCCUGGCCUACACUGUGCAGCUCCAGGAGGUUGUAGGGAAGCUCUGCAGAAACCAGGCAACUCACCUGCACGACCAAUGUGCAGAGCAGGGUGUGGAGAGCCAGGGUGCCCUGGGCUGGGCUUCCCAGGACCUGCUGUCCAGCUGCCAGGCACUCCUGAGCACAGAGCAGCCUCUCACAGAGGUGCAGUGUGCACUGAGAGCAACGUUUGACCGCCUGGUUCACCUGGCAGUGACCUGCUUCCAGGUGACACACUGCCGGCGCUGCAGGCAGAGACAGCAGGAGCUGGGAGCUGCGCUGGGGGAUGUGGUGGGCACCUACCAGCAGCUGCUGCACGCUCUGCACCAGCAGCUCCAUGGGCAGGUCUGCCCUGAGCUGGGCACCAAGCUCCUUGCCCGCCAGCACACGGCCCUAGCAGCUGCCAUCUUCUGUCUCCUGCAGCAGUUCAGGGCAUCCCCGUGGCUGUGACAGGCGGGGUGCGGGCACACAAGGGCACUGAGGGGGACAGAGCCCAGAUGUGUGCCCCCUGUCCGCCUCAGGCUCUUCCCCAGGCAAUGUUUGGCCCAGGAUGGCCGCGGGAGGAUGUGCCCAAACCUGCUGGCUGGGCUCCCCAAAUGCAGCCAUGCCCCAGGUGCUCUUGGAGCACUUCACAACCAUAGCCUGUGUCUUACCCAGGGCUUGUGCCUUGCCUCCCACGGGCUGUGCAGAUGGUCAGUCUCAUGGUGUUCUCUCAGCUUCUUUGUCACCCAUGGGGAAGAGUGCGAGUCUUUCAGCCUGCCUUUCACUCACUCGUCUCCCCAUGCUGGCUCUGGACUGAAGGAACAUCAAACCCCACCCUGUCUGGAUGUGAAGGCCCCCAGGUGGCUUUCUCCACCCUCUGUGGCCAAGGGACCACCGUGAUCCCAUCUUCAGUUGCUUUUCCUUAGCCAGAGAGGGCGGCCCCAGCGGGGGCGGCAGCAGAGCCGCUCCUGCUGCUCCGUGUGGUUCCUGUGCCAGCGGCUGCUCUGCUGGCCAGCGACAGCUCCUGCGAGCUCCCACCCCACCAUCGAGCUCCCCCGCCACCAUCGAGCUCCCACCCCACCAUCGGAGCGGCUCCCGGCUCUGUGUCUGCCGGAAGACAGGGCCAGCCCCUCUGAUGCUGCGGUCAGAGCUGUGCAGGGACCAUCACGGGCUCCCCCAGCCCUGUUCCCCUCCCAGCAGGUGCAGCUCGCCCUGGCCAGGUGAGAGCUGGAAGGGGGUUUGGCUGUGCAUCCCUGCAGGGCAGCACUGCAGCACCCUUGGAUGGAGGGGCAGAGGCCAGUCCCUCACUGCUGAGGUCCAGCCUGGGGAUAUUGAGGGUGGCUGCCUUUCCCCAAGGAACUGCUGCUGCAGCCCAGGGGGUCUGCACUAGGCAGCUGAGGGGCACAGGUGAUAACACCACCUCUGCCAGGCACCGUGGGCACAGGAUUGUCCCCUGGCUCUGGGACACUGAAGGGGAUCGUCUCCACGUGCAGCUUGCCAAGAGCCACCAGGCCACAGCAAUAGGCACUGGCCAACAGUGACACUCGGAGCCCCUGUCGUGGCUUAACCUCAGGGCAACCCUGGCUUGGGUUAAACCACAACAGCCCCCAGCUGCUCCUGCACUGUCACAGGCGCUGGGACACAAGCCCCAGGGCUGUGAAAGGGCCUUGCUGUGAGAGAGGAAUGAAAACACAUAACCAAACUUACCUCAGGUGACCUUCAGGUCCUGCUGCCACUGGCCAUGAGGUUUUAGGGCGCUUUUGGCAGCAGUGGCUGAGGUAAUGUAUGGACUCAGCUGCACCAAACACACUUUCUGCUGUGGCUGUGGCACGUGGCACUGCUCUGUGCAGGGCUCAGCCAAGCCCAGCUACCUUCCCAGCAGGGACACAGGGGUCAGGUGUGACAAGGUACCACUUAUCAGUAACUGUAGGGACACAAUGGGGAUCU